CUUUCCCUUCUCGUCUCUCCAUCUGUGUUCCGCUCUUUUCUGCCCUCCUAUCCCCCCCUCCCACACCCACUUCAUUCCCCCCUCCACUUUUCUUUCAACCUCAUGUCUCUCUUUGGCGCUAUUUCCUCUUACUCCUCAUCCGCUUAUUCACUCGCCAAAGGUACAAUCGUGGCUUCGACUGGGUUGGCGGUCCUGCUCUCCGGAUUGCUUUAUUUUAAGCAAACGGAGCUCAUAUACCCCCGCUCAAUCCCUGAGGGAUCUAGGACGAAGGUGCCAACACCGGACGAGUUUGGCGUGGAGAAUUGGGAGCAUGUUGAGCUCAAAACGCCUGAUGGAGAAUCGCUCAAGUGUUAUUUUCUUAGGGGUCAGAGGAGAAUGGAUAUGGGUGUAACAGUGCUUUUUAUGCAUGGGAACGCUGGAAACAUCGGCCACCGCUUGCCAAUUGCUAGAGUUUUCUCCGAAGAGAUGGGUGCCAAUAUCUUUAUCCUUUCAUAUCGCGGGUAUGGGUUAUCGUCUGGGCGCCCGUGCGAGAAGGGUCUCAACGUCGACGCACAAGUGGCCCUUGAGUAUCUACUCAAGCGCAGUGACACGAAGAAUAACAAGAUUGUAGUCUACGGCCAAUCUCUAGGCGGUGCGCUCUCCAUUCAACUCGUCUCGCGCAAUCAAGACAAGGUGCACGGCCUGAUACUCGAGAACACCUUUCGCUCUAUCCGGACGCUCAUCCCAACAGUUUUCCCACCAGCGCGAUUCCUCGCGAAACUCUGCCACCAAAUCUGGCCCAGCGAAGCGACAUUGCCGCAGAUUGUGGAUGUGCCAGUGCUUUUCCUGAGUGGGCUGAAGGAUGAACUCGUUCCACCAUCGCACAUGAAAACCCUAUUCGACAUUUGCAGGGCAAAAAAAGUCUGGAGAGAGCUGCCCGACGGAAACCACAACGAGACCGUCGCUCAGGACGGAUACUUUGACUUUAUCCACGACUUUAUCCAGAAAAUUCGCAACGGACACACCUCGGAUUUGAGCUAGUGAAUUGCACAAUCAGUCACAGCUUUCCCGCACUGAAAUGAAAACUCCUUUUAAUGCCUGGAACGAGAAUCACGGACCGGCGUUUGCGUGUGUCGUAAGUGUGUAUGCGAAUUUCCUACGGGUGCUGAGACCUCACUCAGUCGGUGGAUGAUGGGUGGGGGGGUGUUUGGCUGUACAGUACGAGUGAGUAAGUAUCGGUAUACAUACUGAUGGCUAGAUAUUUUUAAUAGGUCCUUUCUUCUUAUCUAUUUUUCCUUUUUUCUUUUCCUUCUGCCUGCUUCCUCCCGCUUCGCUUGCCUUUCCAGGAAACUUAGGUUCUGUUCAUCGGUUGAAUUCCCCUAUGAUACCUUGCUUUUACUCGUACUUCUCAUUUACUUUUCCAUCUUGCUUUUCCAACCCGGGGCGUCGUGUUGGAGGAGGGUAGGGGAGGGGGGCAUUCCUACCAGCGCGCCGAUUUGUACACCAAUUCACACCUACGGUACUUAUGAUAUCCUUUGUAUUUUUUCUUCUUCCCUCUUUUUUUUUUCUGUCUGGCGGGUGGUGGCGGGUGAUUUACUGUGGUGGGCGUUCAAGCACAUACAUAUUAGUUAUAGUAGUUAGAGUUUCUCCUCCA